UUAAUAAUAUAUUUCCAAAAAUGGAAAUAUAAAGGACUGGUUGCAAUUUGCGCGUAUUAAGAGUGUAGAUUUGGAAGAUGCGAUAAUAAAUCACCAUCUUCGCAAAUCCAAUCUCUACUUCCCAAUGGAACGCCUGGAUUAUGGGAAGAUGGGUUAUGGAUGCAAGCACUAUCGAAGACGAUGUAUGAUUCGUGCUCCCUGUUGCAACGAGAUUUUUGGUUGUCGUCAUUGUCACAAUGAGGCUACGAACAUGCUGAACAGCCCAUCCGAUCGGCAUGACCUUGUUCGAUAUGAUGUAAAGCAUGUUAUAUGUUCGGUUUGUGACACUGAGCAGCCGGUUGCUCGAGUCUGCACAAACUGUGGAGUCAAUAUGGGGGAAUACUUUUGUGAAAUUUGCAAAUUCUAUGAUGAUGAUACUGACAAGGGGCAGUUUCACUGCAACGAAUGUGGGAUCUGCAGAGUUGGUGGUCGUGAGAAAUACUUUCAUUGCAAGAAGUGUGGAUCUUGCUAUUCUCUAAGUCUACUCAAUAAUCAUUCAUGUGUUGAAAACUCUAUGCGGCAUCACUGUCCUAUAUGUUAUGAGUACCUUUUCGACUCGCUAAAAGACACAACUGUGAUGAAAUGUGGGCACACAAUGCACUCAGAAUGCUGUAAUGAGAUGAUUAAGCGUAAUAAAUACUCUUGUCCCAUAUGCUCAAAAUCAGUAAUGGAUAUGUCUAUGAUGUGGAAGAGACUAGAUGAAGAGAUUGAAGCUACAGUGAUGCCUGAAGAUUACAGACAAAAGAAGGUUUGGAUCUUAUGUAAUGACUGCAAUGAUACUUCGGAAGUUUUGUUCCACAUAAUGGGGCAGAAAUGUUUGCACUGCAAUUCUUAUAAUACUCGCACCAUUUCUCCUCCUGUUCUUCCUCAAGAAUGAAAAUGAAUGAUUGUGGCAAAGUGGAAAUCAUCAAAACUGCUUCUUCAUUUCAUUUGUUGCACUAAUUUAAUGAAGACAUUCACCAUAAAUUGGUGUUUUUAAUUGUUAAAUUUGAUGUAAUUCUUUCACCACUUCACUUGUGUUGUGUGUGGAUUGAUUGAUUUAUAGUCCCAGUUAAAUGACUAUUUAACUGGUUUUAUUCAUUUGUACACAUGUUUGGUUUCUUUUUCAUAUAUAAUGAAUGCAUAUAUACUUGCGUUUCA